AUGUACUGGCCUCUCGUCCUUCUAUCUAUCGCCCUAGCUGUCUAUCUCACCUUGAGACCCACCACGAAGCACGACCUACCAGACGGUCCCGGAGCCCUCGCAGAGAAAGACAACCGGCGUAGACUUCACAUCUCCCUUGCACCAUGGGCGAAAACAUACGGAGACUUAUUCUCCUACAACAUGGGCCGCUCCACCGCAAUUGUACUCAGCAGCGUCCAAGCCAUUGAGGAACUCUUGGUCAAGAGGGGCCACAUUUACAGCUCGCGACCGACGAGUACGUCCCAGGCGGACAUAAUCACCGGGAAGGGAAGAAUUGUGACAAUGCCAUACGGUGAAGAGUUCAGGAAACACCGUAAAAUCAUCCAUACACUCCUCGGAAUACAGAAUGCAAAGACCUUCCUUCCUUACCAAGAAUAUGAAUCUCGACAAACAUUGAGACAUUUGCUGGACAAUCCUGACCUGUUCUACUCGGAAAUGUCGCGGUACUCGGCCACAAUAUUGCAGGACGAUCAGUACAAUGAUGCAGAAGUUCUUCAACAGUACCGGCCAAUACAGAUUCUGACAACUUCAGACAUCGCCCCGGGGUCCUGGCUCGUCGACCGCUACCCUUUCCUGAACUACCUUCCUGGACCCCUUGCUCCCUGGAGGUCCCAAGCAUACUCCAUUCAUCUGGAACUGCGCAGUUUCUGGGGCGUGUUCCUCCAUUCUAUCGAAGACCGAGUAAAAGAGGGUACCGCACCGGAUUGCUUUCUGAGCAGAUUUGUCCAGAACCCUGAGACAGAGCAUUUCAGCGAGAUGGAACGGAUCAGCGUGACAGCGGAGUUGCUUUCAGCGGGCACGGAGACGACGGCGACGUCGCUACAGUGGUUCUUCAAGGCCUGCGUCAAACACCCGGAAUGGAUCCGUGAAGCCCAAAAAGAGCUGGAUACUGUGGUUGGGCGAGAGAGACUGCCGAAUUUCUCUGACAGGGGAAGUCUGCCAUAUAUCACAGCUGUGAUUUCAGAACUUCAUCGAUGGGCAUCCGCAGCACCAUUGGCGUUCUAUCACGCAACGUCUCAGACCGAUACGUACCGUGGCUCAACGAUUCCCAAAUCCACAAUGGUGAUUGCGAAUACGUACGCUGUGCAUCACUCAGAGCAGUAUUUUCCGAAUCCCUCAGCCUUUCUGCCCGGCCGGUGGCUACCGCCCGACGAUCCGCGACAUGUCGUCAACGGUGCACAGACGCCCAAUCACCUCGGAUUUGGCGUAGGGAGGAGAGAAUGCCCCGGCAAGCACGUGGCGGAGGCGAGUCUGUUCAUUUCUAUCAGCCGGAUUUUGUGGGCGUUUGACAUCGACCGCGGUGACAACCCAGAGCCAAGUGAUGAGACAGUGGGAGCAUUUCCCGUCUUCGGCCCGGCGUCCUUCAAGUGCAGAAUAACCCCUCGGCCGGAAGAUGCCGCGAACAAGAUUCGCCUCUUUGCCGACCACAUUGAUCCGGGCCUGCGCGUCGAGGAUGGGAGUAUCUACGACGCAAGCGUGAAGGCGGUGUUGGCAAAAGCUAGAGCCUAA